UCUUGACUUUGAACUCUUUUUUUGUUAAUUAUAGUGCACUCGUACCUAUCUCUUCUACAUUUGUUAAAAAAACAUAAUCUUUUGCUGCAAGAUCGAAUUUUUAUCUCAUAUUCAUGAUUUUGAUCGCGCUUGCUCAAACGAUGUCGAUAAGAUAUGCUGCGUGUUUGCUAUUCUUGCUCUCUUCUGCUUGGUUAUCUAACGCAGAAGAUACAAUAAGGCCUAAUACGGUGAUGAAAGAGAAUGAUACUUUAGUUUCAGCUGGUGGAGUUUUCGAGCUGGGAUUUUUCCAAGAUGCAGUUUCAGGGCAUGUGUUCUUGGGGAUUUGGUUCAAGAAUCUUGCUAAGAAGAAGCCCGUGUGGGUGGCGAAUCGCGACAAUCCGCUUGAACAUCUGUAUGCAAAUUUUCAGAUCAGGGACGACGGCAACUUGAUCGCAACAGACAGAAAGCAAGCGCCUAUGCUUGUCAACUAUGGUAGGCUUGCAACAAGCUCGAACACCAGCGCUACGCUUCUUGAUUCUGGCAACCUCAUUCUCAAGCAGGAAGGUGUGAUUAUAUGGCAGAGUUUCGAUUUCCCAACUGAUACCUUACUUCCCGGGAUGAGACUUGGCUGGUUCCGAUUGCAGGGAGCUCUGCCGCGACGCCAGGUUCUGCUGUCGUGGCUGAGCCCUCAGAAUCCCUCCCGUGGCACGUUCUCGGUGGGGACCACCUACAAGGAUUCAAGAAAGGUGGCUGUCUGGAACAGAGAUGUCAGCCACAUGGAUGUAGGCUGGCUGGAGAGUGAUGGAUUUAGGUUCAUUUUCAAGAAACCAUUUUCUAGUUUCAAUUUCAGCUAUACCUCUACCCUUCACGAGAGUUACCUCACUCUCAACACCGUUGAUGGCUACGACAUGUCAUGGCUGGUGAUAGCCUCGACUGGGCAGCUCGACGAGUAUGCUCUGCAGGGAGGGAGGCUCUCCCUCAUGCGCCACGACUUGUGUGAUGCAUCUGGGAAGGAGGUGAACGCGACCGUGUGUUUGGUUGAUGGGGCAUCCAGGGACUGUCCGGAUGGGGAUGUGUUUGUAGCGGUGAAUGGGUCCGUGGCGUCGUCCAUGUUGGCUUUGAAUGUUUCGAUCAUUGAUGACUUUGACGACUGUGAGCUGACUUGCCGGACCAACUGUUCUUGCGUGGCUUUCGCCUUUGGGGACGAUUCCGGUUGCUGGCUUUACUAUGGAAGUAGGAGUGAUGUUGAUCGCCACAGUGGGAAUGGUGUUUUUCAUGUUCGGAGCAUUGCAGCAAACAAGAAGCAGGGUGGAAAGAGAAGGAGGCUGGCAAUGAUCAUCCUUGUGAGCUCAAUUGUUCCGGUGAUUCUAGCAACUGUAGUCUUGUGGUGCUUCAGACGACGCCACAAAUGCAUCUUUGCAGCGAACAAGGUAACAGAUCCUAAAGCUGCAACUACUAUUGACAUAUGGAAAACCAACGAUGUUGAGUUCAUUGGAGAAGGGCACAACUUGACAUGCUUUUGCAUCGAUACGCUUGAGAAUGCAACAGACAGUUUCAAUGCGGAAAACAAGCUUGGUGAAGGCGGCUUUGGACCUGUUUACAAGGGAAAGCUCCCGAGUGGCCAAGAAAUUGCGGUGAAAAGGCUUUCAAAGCGAUCCGUUCAAGGAGCCAAGGAGUUCAGGAACGAAGUCGCAGUAAUCUCAAGGCUUCAACAUAGGAAUCUUGUCAAACUUCUUGGCUGUUGCAUUCAAGGGGAAGAAUACAUAUUAGUGUACGAAUACAUGAUCAACAGAAGUUUGGAUUCUUUCAUCUUUGAUGAAUCCAAACAGUCAUUAGUGGAUUGGAAGACUCGGGUUCAAAUCAUUGAAGGGAUCGCACAGGGCAUUCUGUACCUACACAAGUACUCAAGGCUGAGGGUCAUACAUCGCGACCUCAAGGCGAGCAACAUCCUCUUGGAUGGUGGUAUGAACCCAAAGAUCUCUGAUUUUGGCAUGGCCAGGAUUUAUGGUGAGAACGGAGCUCGUGCAAAGACAACCAAAAUCGCAGGCACCUAUGGUUACAUGUCGCCUGAAUACGCUAUGGAUGGCAAUUUCUCGGAGAAAUCGGAUGUGUUUAGCUUUGGCAUUAUAGUGCUAGAGAUCAUCAGUGGCAAGAGGAAUAUUUCCUUCUUUGAGGCUGAUCACUCUCUGAAUCUGCUCGGCUAUGCAUGGAAGCUGUGGAAAGAAGGGAGGAGCAUUGAGUUCUUGGAUGCAACGCUGCAGGCUGACUCAUGCGCGGCUAGUGAAGCAGAAAAGUAUGUCCGGUUAGGGCUUCUGUGCGUGCAGGAACGAGCUGCAGAUCGCCCGGACAUGCCGGGUUUUGUAGCAAUGGCUGGCAAUGACGUAGCUGCUCUUCCUCUGCCUAAACAGCCUGCAUUUUUGAGCUAACAGGACUGUACAGUUGAUGCUGUUUUUUUAUUGUAAUUGUGCAUAUCCUUUUGCAAGGUCAACAUAGAUUUAGACGUAGAUGUAUCAUAUAUUGAAUUCUAGUAAAAGGGAAUUCUUUUAUAAUUUUUUUGAAAUAGUCAAGCUCUGAUCCAGCAA